AGUGCUUCUUCCCGCCCGCCGCAGGCCGGAAGUGCUUUCUCUGGGCCGCUGUGGCAGCCGUGAGGGGCCGUAGGUCCUGUCCCGUCCCGCCGGGCGAUGGCGCAGGCGGCGCUGGGCGCGGCGGGGCUGCACUUCGACGAGCUGAAUAAGCUGCGCGUCCUCGAUCCCGACGUGGCCCAGCAAACGGCGCAGCUCCGCGAGGAGUGCAAGGCCUUCGUAGACAAAAUAGUAGAAUUUCAAAAAACAGUGGGUAGCUUAAUCGAGCUCGUUGACCAGCUGGCCAAAGCUGCUGAGAGCGAGAAGAUGAAGGCCAUUGGUGCACGAAAUUUGCUGAAGUCUAUAGCAAAGCAAAGAGAAGCACAGGAACAGCAACUUCAGGCUUUAAUAGCUGAGAAAAAGAUGCAACUGGAAAGAUACCGAAUAGAAUAUGAGACUCUGUGUAAAAUUGAAGCGGACCAGAACGAAUUCAUUGACCAAUUCAUUUUUCAGAAAUAGAAGGCUUUAAGAUAAAGACUGACUUGGAAAAAUGAGCAUUCCAGAAUCUUGAGAAUUUCAGAAAUAUGCAAUUUUUUCACUGUGUACGAAUGAAUAUAGAUGGAUUGUGCAAAUAAAAGUGACUUUUAAUGCAGUGUGAAUUACACUAAAAGUGGCAAUAAGGAGGGCUUUAACAGAUGUAAGACUGUUCUGUCCUUUGAUUUUUAUAAAAGUUUUUACAGUCAGUAGUUCAAAUUCAAAUUGUAGUUGAAUUAAUACUACUGUUCCUAUGUUAAUGUCUCUCACUUUUUGAAAUGUACAGCUCUUUCGAAGAAAUCAGAAAAUAAACUAUUGUUUUUCACCUUC